GUGUUUGGCAGUGUUGGCCGAGUCUGGAUCCCCUAAUGUGGACCAUGCAGAACUGCCCAGCCUAUAAAUAAUACUGACAACAUUUUUAGAGGAAAAGAACACUGAACCUGGACAAAACAAGGGGAAGCGUUGUGAAAUGAAGUUUCAGACUGAUAUUGCAGCAGGGGACUUCUUCCUACAAGUCAUGUCAGUGUUGCUGAUGUUGGUUCUGGUGUGCCCUGUGGCCUCUUCUAUAUACUUGUUGGCAACAGACCCAUGCGGGCGAGAUGUUGCAGUCCUCAAGCACAGCAUAAAGAAACUGGAAAACAAACUCUUGAUCGUGACUUGGCAGGUUGAGCACUUGCAGAAGCACAAAUAUUUCCACCCAGUUCAACCUGCUGUGCCAAGUACUGAACCUGAAACCGACACGGCCUCCGGUGGAAACCACAACAGCAGUGGGACAUUAGAUGGCUCUGAUGUGAUGCCGAUGAAACCACUUCCACCAGGAGGAAGUUUACUUGUCCAUGACAAAGACUGCUCUGAGCUGUUUGACAGACUGAGACCGCCAAGUGGCUUCUACCGCAUCAGACCCAAACCACACCAGGACCCAUUUCUGGUCUACUGCGACAUGGAAGACGGAGGAGGAUGGACGGUGUUUCAGAGACGCCGGCAUGGAAAAGUUGACUUCAACAGAGACUGGGUCGACUACAAAGACGGCUUUGGUGACUUUAAACUGUGGAAUGAUGAGUUUUGGUUGGGGAAUGAGCACAUUCAUUCUCUGAUCUCAGAAGGAAGGAACCUGGUGAAGAUAGAUCUGAUGGACUGGGAUGGGCAGAGAAGUCACGCAUUUUAUGAGAACUUCAGGAUCACAGAUGAGUCUGAUAAGUAUCGUCUCCAGUAUGAGCUGUACAGUGGCAAAGCUGGAGAUGCUCUGACUGGUGGCAGAGGGAUGGUGGAGCAGUGGUCUGCUUGUCUCAGCGGCAUGCAGUUCAGCACCAGGGAUCAGGACAAUGACCGCUACCUUCAGGGCAGCUGUGCCCAGGAGAACAAGGCGGGAUGGUGGUUCAACAGAUGUCAUGCAGCCAACCUAAAUGGGAAGUUCUAUCGCAAAGGGAAGUACACGGGCAAGUACGACAAUGGCGUGGUGUGGGGGACCUGGAGGGGCCUUUGGUACUCCCUUAGACACACCACCAUGAAGGUGCGGCCUCUGGUUUUCUUGGAUAUCGUGGGCAGCGGAGCAGGAGAAAUAUAACAACACCUGAUUCAGAAUGAAGGAAAAAAAUAUGGGCAAAGACUGAUGUCAUGUUUUAAAUCAAAAUGUUUAAAUUUCUCCCUUUGCUUCAUAGUUUGAAACUAUUAUAAAAUGUUGAUGGUACAGUAUCUUUUUUCCAGUAAGCACUUCUUUUCUAUAAAGUGUAUGACAUUACUCAAACAAUAAAGCAAACAGCAUCUCA